CUCACACCUGAAGUGUCAGUGGGAAUAAAAAGAGGGCAAAGACUCAUUUCUAAUUAACGGAUGUGUUUUUUUGUUUGUUUGUUUUUUGUUUUGUUUUGUUUUGCUUUGAUUUUUAUAUCCAACAUGAAUCCCUCCUUCAGUCUGUGGCUGUGCAGUGUGACGGUAAUGGGUCAUAGUGAGGAUGAAGUCAGCCAAUAACAUUUUCUACUGAAGGGAGAAAAACCUAAAGAAUAAACAGGAGUCACAGCUGAAAGUUUCUGCUGCUAUUGAGCUCACUGAGGCAUUUACAGCUCUGUGUUCCUGUCACUGUGCAGAUACUGGAUCCUAAUAUAACUCAGACACCCCCGAUCAUCGGCCGGAACCUUCCUGUCCGGAAGUGAAUUCGUCGAGCUGUUUAAGGAAGCACACAAGAGGAGCUGAGGCUGUGUAGUUUUCGGUGCACGCUUUAUUUGUGGAAUAAACUGUAUUCUUUAAGCUCCGGAUGGAGAUAUUAGGAAGCACGUUUGACGACUCGGUGUUUUCGGAGGUCAGAGACCGAGUGUGUGCGUCUCUGUCUUCUUACAGCGCCAAACUGUGUGAGCCGGAGUGGUUUUGUGAGAGUGCUGCUCUGGAGACUGAAGAUUCCCUGGAGAAGCAGAAAGUCUACAAGUUCAGAGGCGACCUGGCUGUGAGACAAGGGAACUAUCAGAAAGCCUUGGAAGCAUACAGCAGCUGCCUGCAGUGGAUCGCCGACAACAACCUGACCAUCAGACGAGAUGUAGUGGAGGGGAUGGCCCGAUGCUGCACCAAACUGGGACAGAGAGACAGAGCGCUGCACUUGGCCGAUUUGCUGAGCAAAGAAGCCUCCAACACCUGUCACCUAACCAGCCUCCUGCUGCUCAAGGUCAGCAUCUACGAGCAAUUUGGAGCUGUGGGAUCAAAGAUGUCGUCUCUGCAGCAGCUGUGCAGCCUGCUGCCCUUUAACCCCUGGCACUGGUUCAGCCUGGGACAGACGUGUUUGCAGUUGCUGGACAGCAACACAACCACAGGAUUGUUUUCCUCUGAGAGCUGUGAAUCAACAGACGAGCAGGAGGAUCGAGAGACUGAGAGGCAUCUGGAGGAGGCUGCAGAGCUCCGGGAGGACAGAGUCUGGCUCAAAGCCUGCACUUGUUUCAUCAGGACAAGACUGCUGUUGAGAAUCCUUCGACAGCAGCAGUCCUCCUUUGUGCUGCAGCGCAGUAAGCGAGCCCUACACAUGGCAGAAGAGGCGUUACAGCGGCUCAACCCCAGAGAAGCAACCCUGCAGUCUCUCACUGAGGUGAUGUCAGAGGACCUGAUUCCAGAGAGGAUGAGGGAGGACUACCAGGACGGGGAGAGCCUGGCCAUUGUGUGUUUGGACAGCUUCAGGCAGCGCUGGUGGAACAAGAUCUUGCUGACAGGGGUGUUAGAGACUGACGGACUGCAGCAUGAAACACAACGUCCUCAUGCUCUAGGGUUGACUGUUAACAAUGGUGUGUGCAAUCAAGAAGGGACUGAAGAACCGGCUGAAGAUGGUUCAAACAAACAGCACAGUGAAUGCGGUCAUCAUUAAGCCUGCAAACUAAACCAUUUGUAUUUCAUCCACUUCUGCUAAUAGCCUAAAAUGGCUGCAUAAAAACAGUCUAAUGUUUCAGAUGCUGUUCUUGUCAGACUGUUCUCAGUAUUAUGAAGAUAAUGAAAGCCCCAACACAGCCAUUAUACGGAUGCUGUCACCAACCUGCCUGCCUCUCGGGACAGCGGAGGCUUGUUGUUUGUGACAACAGAUUAUCUCCUCACAUCGCUCUGCUCAACAUUAGCCUGAGCAGAUGUUUAAUAUCAGAAAACACCUCUCUCUCUCUGUGUGUGUGUGUGUGUGUGUGUGUGUGUGUGUGUGUGUGUGUGUGUGUGUGUGUGUGUGUGUGUGUGGCAGCUGUAAAAUUACCCCAAAUGUUUAACUAAAAUACACCUUUCAGGUUUAGAAACAUGUAACAGACCACACGUCUUGAUGAGGUUACCAAACUGAGUUAAUAUUUUAUUUGAACAAACAUGGAUACAUUAUUUUCCCCAUACAGUACACACAAAAUGCACCAAGGCUGCUAAACUGAAAGUUCGGUUUUGUAGCAAUAAUAAGCUCUUCUCCUGGUCGAGUGUAAUUUCAAAAGGUUCACAGUAAAAUUACACAAACCUUUUGGAGACACUACGUUGUUCGUAUAAGUGUAGCUCCUGUGUUUCUGGAUGAAUAAAUGUGACCAACAAAGGGUUAGGUAAAGGUUCUGUUUAGAUUGAAUCCUGCUGUGUGUCUCUCAUUCAUGCUCUUGCUUCUUCUCAGCGGUUCAUUCAUGCUGCUCUGUAAAGGCCUCCAGCCAUGCUGCCCCCCUGUCAUCUGUCCCAUCCCGUAGGUGGUCCUGAAGGAGCUGUGGCGCUCCACAGCUGUGGGCCUUCCUGCAGUGUGAUGUUUCCAGAGGGUCCGGUUUAGUCUUGGAGGGGGAUUCAGCUGCUGUGAAGAGUGGGACUGUAGAUGCAUCUGGGCUGCUUUACCUGGAAGAAAGAGUUUAGGGUCUUUCUGGAGCUGAGGCCUGAGAUGACCUCUCAUUGGACCUGGAGGCUCUGUGCUGGUUUGUGAUUGGAGCGGGGGCUGGCAGUAUCUCUGUGGCUGACCCUGCCUCCUGGUUUCUAGAAAGGAGAAUUUGUUUUGCAGAUCAGGUGUGUGUCCUCUUGGAGGGGUAAAAGGAAGCAGAUGCGUGGUGUCUGCUUGUUUUUGUUGCGAUGUAGGCGAGUGGGGUUUAGGAUUCUCAUGUGGAAGUUCCACUUUGGGUUUAAAAUUGUGUGAGGAGCUCCAUUGUCCUUUCUGGGCGUUUAGGUCUGCAGCAGUCCCCAGAGGGUUUGUCGGUAAGAAGCGCCCUUCAGUAGUCACGUCUGCAUGACCAAGAUUUGAAUUCUUCAAAGCUGUUUGAUAGCGUGCAGUCCUGUGCUGUCCAUGUGUGAGGGAGACCAUGUGCAGAGGGUUUGACUCUUGGACCUUUGCAUUGUUUUCAGCUGUGGCGCUGAUGUUAAACUGAGACGGAAUGUGUGAGAAGUAGGUCUGAUCGGGAGGAUAUGAGUGACUCUG